ACACCAUGUGAUAAUAUAAAGGUGGAGUUGGACUUUGAGGGCGCCGCCCCUCCCGGCUUCUUGUAGCUGCGCUGAGGGCAGAAACAAAAUAUCGGCGAGGCUUUCAUCAAUUUGUUUCAGCAGGUUCUGCACGAGGUAUGACCCGGCGCUGGCGGCUCUGCACACCCGAGAUGAAGACAAAUUUGUUGGUACCCCUCCAUUGCAAAAAAAGAAGAACCCAUAAUUGAAACUGACCAAGAUUGACAUGCCAACGUGGGAUCCAGUCGAUGAAACCCCCAACGCUCUAACGCUGUUCCUGACUCUUUCCAGCUAGUUUGAUAGAAGAAAAAAAGGCCAAGGAAUUUUCAGGAGAUGCAAAACUGUUCAGGCGGCAACUGUUCGUCCAAGAACGACACGCUCGAAGGCGACUGCUACCAUAGCACGCUGGCUCUGGUCCUGCCCAUUGUCUACAGUGUCAUUGCCUUUCUUGCAAUCACGGGGAACUUUUCUCUGAUCUUUAUUAUCAUAAAGAAGAAGGAGAUGCACAAUGUGACAAACAUCCUGAUUGCCAAUCUCUCGACAUGCGAUUUGCUGAUUUCGAUUAUCUGCCUGCCCUUCACUGUCGUCUACACAUUAAUGGACUACUGGAUCUUUGGGGAGGCCAUGUGCAAACUAACAAACAUGGUCCAGUGCGUGUCCGUUUCAGUCUCCGUCUUCACCUUGGUGUUGAUAGCUUUGGAACGCUACCAGCUCAUCAUCAACCCCCGUGGCUGGAGACCAAGCAACUUGCACGCGUUCAUUGGGAUUUUCAUGGUCUGGAUUUUGGCGAUUUGCAUAGCCAUACCUUUAACAAUACACGUUGUUUUUGAAGAAUCCCCUCUAAAUAAUUUCCCACAGUAUAAGGGAACAUUCAUCUGUCACGAGCGUUGGCCAUCGCUCUCAUCGCAGAACAUCUUUACAAAUGUGAUGCUCGUUGUGCAGUAUUUUGGACCACUUUGCUUCAUAGGCAUGUGCUACUUGAAGAUAUAUAUCCGUCUUAAAAGAAGAAAUGUUGCCAUGGAGAAAAUGAGAGAAAAUAAGUACAGGUCCAACGAGACCAAAAGAAUCAACGUCCUGCUUAUCUCAAUUGUGGUGGCAACGGCCAUCUGCUGGCUUCCUCUCCACAUUUUCAAUAUAGUGGCCGAGCUGAUUCCAGCAGAAUCCAUGGUCUGCACGAAUCUUUGGUCUUCUGUUUGCCACUUGAUGGCAAUGAUCUCGACUUGCAUCAACCCCAUUUUUUAUGGAUUUCUGAACAGGAAUUUGCAACAAGACUUGCUGAUUGCUUUCCGGUUCUGCCGAUGUUCCUCUAGAGAAGACGAUUAUGAGACAAUAACUAUGUCAACGAUACAGUCGGAUGUGUCAAAGACGUCCUUCAAGCUCAGUAGCCCAGAGGCAUCAGCAUGAAGCCCAUGGCUUUUGUGCUUUUAAGGGCAAAGCAACGAGAGACUCUGAUGAAAUCGCAAACGGUGAAAUGUUAGCAGUA